AUGGCUGGAGGAACCAAGCGAGACUACGAUGGCAAUGUGCGCGCUAAGAGUGUGCAAGACUUGCCGCGUGGCAGGUUCCACGCCAUGUUUGAGACUUUCCGGGACGAGUUGGAUGAGCAUUACGACCGCAGAGAGCGCAUCAUCAAGGCAUCGAGAGAUGUGACGGCGCAAAGCAAGAAGAUAGUCAAACAACCAAAUCAAGACUUUCCAAAGGGAAUACAGCAAGACAUUGACACGCGUCUCGGCGAAAUCUCAAAGCUGCUUUCAGGCAUUACCGCAGACGUGCAGUCCAUCAACCGUUAUCGCUACAGCUUUUCUCUACGGUGUCUUGAGGAGCUAGUCGAGGCACUCUCCUUUGCCCACUAUCUACGGCACCAAACUCUCAUCACUCUAGAAGAAACGCAAGCAGCUGUCCCCGCAGACAUUAUGCUGACGCCACACGACUACAUGUACGGCCUAUUCGACCUGUUUGGAGAACUGAUGCGGUUUGCAACAGUCACCACCGCACAGACCGGCGAGCUAGUGGGCGACUACGAGAGAAACAUCCUGAGCGAUAUACAGGAGCUCGGCUGUUCAUUCGAGAUGCUGCCCCAGGUGCCGACGAAGGAUUUCCGCUCCAAGGUGGAGGUCAUGCGGCAGAGCAUCAACAAGGUCGAGAAACUAGGCUAUGGUCUUGUGGUGAGGGGCAGUGAGAGACCCAAGGGGUGGGUACCCGACAUGAAAGACGAUGACCAUCGGCCUGUCUCUCCUGUGUGA